CAUAGCAACGUACUGUAAAAUGGCUUCCAAACGUGACAAAUUGACUUUGUAACUCAUCUAUCGUGUUACUAAAUGCUUAAUAAAGUGAUUUUAGGAUGUUGAGAUCUCCUAGAAAUAAGAUUGUGGUGUCUUCUUCCAUUGAUUGUUCGAAUGACUUCUCUUUACCGUUGGAUUUCUGCUUCAAACAUUUGGAAAAAUUCCAAGACGUUCUCAAGGAGCCUCCAAGAGGCAAACUAAAGAAAUGUCCAGAGACUGGAAAGUACAAGACGAAUGGUAUCAAGUUUAGCUACAAUCAGCUAUCAAGUUACGAGGACUUGAACACUGUACUAGACAGCUUACUAGUGGAUCCAAAGUCUUUGGAGUGGCUUGAUAUUUCAUAUAAUGAUUUCACCUCAGUUGACAAGGUAAUCCUCGACUAUCCAAACCUUAAGAUACUGAAUCUUGAAGGGAACUCCAUAGAAAAGUUAUCAGAACUAGACAAACUAGCAGCAUUACCAAAUCUACAGUCUAUCACCAUCCAGGGAAACCCCAUUGAAAGCACUCAAGGAUACAAAAAUUACAUUCUGGCAAGAUUACCUCAUCUAAAAAAGUUCAACUCUGCUCCAAUUACAAAGCAGGACAAAGCUGGAGCAACACUGUCUUCAAGAGGAAAGCAAUGGAAAGGAGCAAAACACACUUGAUGAAGCAUUUCUCCUUGUAGAUUUAUUGUAUAUGGAUCAUAUUUAUUGUAUAUGGAUCAAAAAUAGAUUGUAUUUUUACCUACCUACAAAUCCUGGGAGAUUAGACCAAACCCUAACCUAACUAUAACUUCAUUUUAACCAAGAGUACUUCCAGGGGUGGAUCCAGGUAUUUAGAGGGGGGGAGGGGUGACUAUUGCAAAGGCCUUUUAUCAGGAAAAUAAAGAAAAGGRGGUGACUGUUACACUAAAGAUGUACUGAUAAAUUAGAGAAAGGGGGGUGACUAGUCAACCACUGGAUUCACCCCUGACUUAUCAAAGUUCAGUCAUAACAGUACUUUAUGAUGAUUUUCAUACACUUUCAUACAGCAUAUCAGUCCUUUUACCUUGUAAAAUGCUCUCAGCCUGUUAAUCAUGUUAUACUGGUAGUCAGGGAUUAAGGUACAGACAUAUAAAAAGAUUUAAAUCCAAUCCCUGACUUUAAGCUUUACAUUCAGAGCAAACACCAAUAAAAUCAGGAGCCUUUUUUAACCCAAAUUUUUUAUUCUUUACAAUUUUUUUACAUAUAAAAUUUGUUGAUUUGUUGCUAUUUGUAAACCUGCAACAUUUUUAUACAAUUGUUAUAAAAAUGCAUAUUUGUCAUCUAACUAUUUUCUUUGUCUAUAAAUUGAAAAUGUGAUUUGCUGAUUUCUUUUUGAGUUCGAUAUACGAGAGUCAAUUAUUAUGAAACUUAAUGCUAUUGUAUUGACAAGGAUAAAAUAAUUGAGAUGCACUGUUGAAAAUAAUAAAUUACAUAACAAAACUCUGCUAUAAAAAAUUGUUGUCUUUUCUUAAUAAUAUUGCCAGUUUGACUUCUCUGUCUUUUCAAACAUCAGAGAUUUUAGAAAAAUAAUUAUCUGGAAAGACAACUCCAAGUUCAGACAGUUCGAGUGUCCCCAUUGUAAUUAUGUUUUCUGUGCCUGAGAUGAGUAAAACGUUUGUAUAGGAAAUCGCACGAUCUCGAGUACAAUUUGGAAAUUAAUAGACACGAGUAAUGUUUUGAAAGUUCUUGU